AUGGCCUCAAGACACUGCGAGCUGUACAUGUACACUCCAAGUCUACCUCUCGCUGCUGUUGCUGUGAUCACAUUUUCAAGCCUAGCAUCUGUUCUUUGCUUCCGGAUGAUCCAGACCAAGACCUGGUCUAGCAUAUUCUUCGUCCUUGGGGCUAUAUUUCAAGCGUCAGGCUAUACAGCUCGCCUAUUUUCGACACUAGACACAUGCAACCGCGCAGCGUAUGGCGCCCAAUCAGUCCUCUUAUUACUAGGGCCGACCUUGAUCAUGAUGUCAGUCGACAUGAUGCAGACUAAGUUCGCCUGUGCUUUAGAUGCGGAGAAACAUUGCUUUAUCCCAAUAAAGUGGCAGCGGCCACUCUAUUUGGGCACCAAUACUGUUUUGAUUUUCCUCCAGGCUAUUGGAGGCAUCAUGGUCGUCGCAUCUACCUCCACUGCCACAGUUGCCGUGGGAACAAAGAUGACAAUCGCCAUUUAUGUUGCCCAGACUUUAUUCUGGGGACUUGUGUUUGCAGACAAUAUUUUCAUGAUGUUUCGUCUCAGCGGUCAGCCAACAGAGGCCAGUAAAGAUUCCUUGACGAAUUGGAAAAUGUGGAAUCAACUUUUCGGUCUCUCGACUGGCAUCAUUGCAUUUGGGCGCAAUGUGAUGCGCUUAACUAUGGCUGGUCAGGUCGCUUUCCUGGUGGAAAAUGAAUGGCCAUCAUAUGCAUUUGAUGGAUAUCAAAUGAUAAUCGUACUAAGUGCCUGGGAGAUUUGGUAUUUGCCAGAGAGGUGUGAGACUAUCCGUGGUAGACGAAGCUACAGAAGCCUCACACGGCUUGAAAAUAUCAGACACAGCCCUGUAUAA